CCCUUCCGUUACACCCGGGGGAAGGUGCUCCCGAGACCGCUCCCAGCCUCACCCCGCCUCCCCGCUUCCCCGGCUCCAGCCUCCGCCGGCGGAGCUCCACUAUGCCAGGCAGUUUCGACACUUUGCAAAGACAAAGACCAGAGGGAGGAGGACGAGGAGGACGAGGAGGCAGAGGAGGAGGAGAGAGAGGAGAAAGGGGCGAUGUGAGCUGGGAAGGGGGCAAGUGUUCGGGACACCCCCUUUUGAUUCUCCUCCGAAUCCCCUCAUCCCCCGAAGCCCAGGAAACUUUCGCGUGUCUCCGGCCGCGAUGCAGAAACUGAGGCUCAGAGAGGUUAAGGAACUCCCCAGAGGUCACACAGCCGAUGACAGACAACCCUCAGUGCCUUUGUCAAGCUGGCUGCUUCACCGCCACAUCUCUGGUGACAGCAUGGGCAAGACCAAGUUCUAAUUAAGGAUUGUCACACACCAUCUUCUCUGGAGGGCGGUGACAAAGACAGCUUGCCCCUGUCCUGUACCGCGACCCUUCCUUCGAGGCCCUCACCUCCAAGGGACCCUGGACUGUCACAAGGAUUAAUUGCCCCUCGACCCCCUUGGAUGGGAAGGGAAAUCACUGUUAUCAAGUUUCGAUUAAAGCUUCACCAGGAGACGUCAUCGGCUGUUUAAGCAUUGCUGACGAAGCAGGCCACUUCAUUUCCUGAAAAGACAAAUUAUAUGCCGGCAGACGCACUCCGCCACAAGUGGUCCACUCAGCCUUUGAGUGUCACGGGUGAUGUCGGGCACAGCCAGGUGGCCGUUGCCCAGCAGCAGUGGCCAUAGGAGGCUUUGAGGCUCCCUGGGGGUCCCCGCCUUGCCCUGCAGUCGAGCCUCUGUCUCUGGGAUCUUGCUUGGAAGUUCCUCCGCAGUUAGGCGUGCUUUCCUGCAGCCCAUCCCUGGGAGGCCCCCCACCAGGAAAGCAGCAAUGGCGACCACGAGGAAAAGAACCCUCAAAGUGCUCACGUUCCUCAUCGUCUUCAUCUUCCUCACCUCCUUCCUCCUGAACUACUCCCACACCAUGGUGGCCACCGCGUGGUUCCCCAAGCAGAUGGUCCUCGAGCUCUCCGAGAACUUCCGGAGGCUCGUGAAUUACCCCCACAGGCCCUGCACCUGCGCCCGCUGCAUCGGGCAGCGCAGGGUGUCCUCCUGGUUCGAUGAGAGAUUCAACCGGUCCCUGCAGCCGCUGCUGACGACCCAGAACGCGCUCCUGGAGGAAGACACCUACAACUGGUGGCUGAGGCUCCAGCGGGAGAAGCAGCCCAGUAACUUGAACGACACCAUCAAGGAGCUGUUCCAGGUGGUGCCCGGGAACGUGGACCCCCUGCUGGAGAAGAGUUUGGUGGGCUGCCGGCGCUGUGCCGUCGUGGGCAACUCUGGCAACCUGAGGGAGUCCUGGUACGGGCCUCAGAUAGACAGUCACGACUUCGUGCUCAGGAUGAACAAGGCCCCCACGGCAGGGUUUGAGGCCGACGUGGGCAGCAAGACCACCCAUCACCUCGUGUACCCCGAGAGCUUCCGGGAGCUGGCGGAGAACGUCAGCAUGGUCCUGGUCCCCUUCAAGACCACCGACCUGCAGUGGGUGGUCAGCGCCACCACCACAGGCACCAUCUCCCACACCUACGUUCCCGUCCCCACGAAGAUCAAGGUGAAAAAGAAUAAGAUCCUGAUUUACCACCCAGCCUUCAUCAAAUACGUCUUUGACAGCUGGCUGCAGGGCCACGGGCGGUACCCAUCCACCGGCAUCCUCUCGGUCAUCUUCUCACUGCACAUCUGUGAUGAGGUGGACUUGUACGGCUUCGGGGCAGACAGCAAAGGGAACUGGCACCACUAUUGGGAGAACAACCCCUCGGCGGGGGCUUUUCGAAAGACCGGGGUGCACGACGGGGACUUCGAGUCCAAUGUCACGGCCACCUUGGCAUCCAUCGACAAAAUCCGGAUCUUUAAGGGAAGAUGACGCUGUGAGGCGCUACGGACAGACGCACCGGAGCGCGCCUCUCCACAUGCAGCCCCAGCUUCUCGCCGGAGCCAUCGCGCUCGGGGAACUUGGAGGGCCAGCCUCAGGGGUGUGCCCAGGUGCCCCUCGCAGCCUCUUGCGCCCCAACGUUUGGCAGCGUCUACUCAGCAAGGUUGCUGAGCCCUGCCAGGGCUGCAGAGCAAGUCUCCGAACCAUUCUGGGGUGGGGAGACCCCUCUCGCUGCCGUUCCUGGCCGGGGAAGGUGGGGAGACUGGGGAGAGGUUCAAUCCGAAGAUUCCCACAUUCUAAAGAAGAGGAUGGUCUCCCGGGGAGGUUGCACAGAGACUCUCCUCUGCUGAGGGGUCCGGGGCCGGCUCUCUGGUUCUCGCUGGGAAGCUCCUGGGUGAGGACGACCCCCAGGACAGCCAUGUGAGGCCUCCCUCACAUGGUGGGACCACUGCCCCUCCCCCUGUCUGCCCAAAGCUCAUGUACGGUGGCCAGGAGGGCUCCUCACCCCAAAGGUCUUCAGAGACUCUAAAUAUCCAGAUGUCUCCUUCCCAAGCUGCUGUUCCCUUGAGUAAUCAAUCUUCGUGGUUAUCAUGAUGGCUGAGAGCAGAUCUGACACCUUCCGUGUGCCUUUGUAUCGGGGAAAGAGCUGAGAGAGAUGCGUGCAUUUGGCUGAAAUGAGGCAAAAGCCCCGACUUGGGCAAGGGGACCGCAGCAGUGCACUCCCCUUACUCUGUAGCUGGGGACAGUUUUCUAGUUCCCUGAGCCAGUAUCUGAGUUGGAACAAAGCUCGGAUGAUACUCGGCCCCAUCCAGAGGCCCAUCAGCCACGGACCGUCCAUUCUUACUUUCACAGACUGCUGGAUUUGGUGCCCGUAACCUUCCAGAGCUGUGCAGGAGGCCGCCACCAGCCAGCAGUUUCCCCCAGGGGUCUAGGCUCUGGCCCAGAUCCCUCCUGGCCACCUGUGUGUUGUCCUGGGGGUUGCGGGGUCAUCCUAGGAACGUGACCAUCAGAGGGGAGAAGUCAUACCUCAUCCUUCACGUCCCAGCUGCUCUUUCUUCCUUGUCAGCCUUCCCGGUUAUUUAUUGUUUUGUUUUGAAAAUUCAGCUGACAUCAUCUGCACUUUGUGACUCAAUUGCUCUCGCUUCAGUUGGCAGCUGGGGUGUGGGCGCUCAAAGCCAGUUUUGUAGGAAUCCUCAGGCUUGGGGUACCGUGGUGUCUAGGGCUUGAGGGCUUGCUGGUGGACAGAUCCUGGGGUGUCAGGUUGAUAGGUUUGUAGAAUGCUCUGUACCUCCUUCUCUUCCAGUCCUACCUUCCUUCUUUCUCAUUACGGGCUUAGAUUCAGUCUCAGGCUAGGAAUCGCCAAACCCAGCGGCACUGUCUUGGGGCCGGGUGGGGAGUAGAGUCACAGG